GACUGACCAAUCAGCGCGUACGACGUUGGAAACAAAGAUGGCGCUGCUGGCAUUGUAAACGACUAAACCUAGAAACAAGUAAUUGUCCGUUUUUAUAAAUAUUGGAGACGUCAGCAGGAUGAAGGUGGUCAAUUUGAAACAAGCCAUCCUGCAGGCAUGGAAGGAGCGCUGGAGUGACUACCAGUGGGCUAUCAACAUCAAGAAGAACUUUCCCAAGGGAGCCACAUGGGACUACCUGAACCUGGCAGAGGCCCUCAUGGAGCAGGCUUUGAUUGGUCCCUCUCCAAACCCUCUUAUCCUGUCUUACCUCAAGUAUGCCAUAAGUUCUCAGAUGGUGUCUUACUCAAGUGUGCUCACAGCCAUCAGCAAGUUUGAUGAUUUUUCUCGGGAGCUGUGUGUCAAAUCACUGUUGGAGAUAAUGGACAUGUUUUGCCAUCGCCUCAGCUGCCAUGGGAAGGCAGAGGAAUGCAUUGGGCUGUGUCGGGCUCUGCUGGGCGUGGUGGUGUGGCUGCUGCAGGGCUGUGCCUGGUAUUGUGAGAGGCUGAGAGAGCUCGGCCCAUCAGCCAGCACAGAGGCCAGCCUGAGGGCCUGCCAGGAGAGGCUGCACACGCUGAUGAGCAGCACCAAGAACAGAGCCCUGGUCCACAUUGCUCGGCUAGAGGAACAAGGUUCCUGGAGCAAUGUGGAGCAAGCAAUGCUUAAAGUGACAGACAGCCUCAGCAGUGUAAAUAAUCAGACACUGAGAACUAAAUUGGAGGAGAGCGUGUCGUUGGUGAAGGGUAUUCCCAUGAUGCUGUCAGUGCAGUGUGACCCUCCGCUCCACGCCUCCUUCCCAUCAGUGCACGCCUUCAUCAUGCUGGAAGGGACCAUGAAUUUGACAGGAGAGACACAGCCACUCGUGGAGCAGCUGAUGAUGAUCAAGAGAAUGCAGCGAAUUCCUGCUCCGCUUUUUGUGUUGGAGAUCUGGAAGGCCUGCUUCACUGGCCUCAUUGAGUCACCAGAGGGCACAGAGGAGCUCAAAUGGACUGCCUUCACAUUCCUCAAGAUCCCACAAGUUCUGCUCAGGCUAAAGAAAUAUCCUCAAGGAGACAAAGGACAGGACUUCAUGGAGGAUGUGAAUGUUGCCUUUGAGUACUUACUAAAACUCACGCCGCUGCUGGACAAGGCCGACCAGAGAUGCAAUUGUGACUGUCUCAACAUGCUGCUGCAGGAGUGUAAUAAGCUAGGCCUGCUGUCAGAUUCCAACACAAGCAACCUCACCUCUAAACGGGCUGAGGACAGGGAGUACGCCCCGAGGCUCAAGACAGCAGAAAAUGCUAACAUCCAGCCGAACCCGGGACUCAUCCUGAGAGCUGAGCCCACUGUUACCAACAUCCUUAAGACGGUAGAUGCAGACCACUCCAAGUCCCCUGAAGGCCUGUUGGGGGUCCUGGGACACAUGUUGUCUGGGAAAAGCCUGGACCUUCUCCUGGCAGCAGCAGCUGCCACUGGGAAACUCAAGUCGUUUGCUCGAAAAUUCAUCAAACUCAAUGAGUUUCCCAAGCACAUCAGCGGUGAAGGAUCCAAGUCAGCGUCAGUGCGAGCCCUGCUCUUUGACAUUUCGUUCCUCAUGCUCUGCCAUGUGGUACAAACAUACGGCUCCGAGGUUAUUCUGUCAGACCCCAGUCCCUCAGGGGAGACACCUUUCUUUGAAACGUGGCUACAAACGUGUAUGCCAGAGGAGGGCAAGACCCUGAACCCAGACCACCCCUGCUUCAGACCCGAGUCUGGCAAAGUGGAGAGCCUGGUGGCUCUGCUCAACAACUCCUCUGAGAUGAAGCUAGUUCAAAUGAAAUGGCAUGAGAUCUGCCUUAGCACCCCUGCGGCCAUCUUGGAAGUUCUGAAUGCGUGGGAGAACGGUGUGCUCUCUGUGGAGGCAGUACAGAAGAUCACAGACAACAUCAAGGGGAAGGUGUGCAGUAUGGCCAUCUGCGCCGUGGCCUGGCUGGUGGCACACGUCAGGAUGUUGGGGCGGGACGAGCGGGAGAAGCCCCAGACUAUGAUCCGCCAACUUGUGACCCCACUGUAUGGGGAGAACACACUGCAAUUUUACAACGAACGAGUGGUGAUAAUGAGCUCCAUCAUGGAGCACAUGUGUGCCGACGUCUUCCAACAGACGGGUGCAACCCUGCGGCCGCCAGUGGAGGGCCAGGAGCCAAUCCCCUACCGCAACCUGCUGCCGGCCAAGGAGCCCAUCCACGAGGCCCUGAGCAAGCAGUUCCAGGCGGUGCUGCGCAAAGGCUGGGUGGACAGCCGGGCUCUGCAUCUGUUUGAGAGCCUUCUGCACAUGGGAGGGGUCUUCUGGUUUACCAACAACUUGGUCAAGGAGCUGCUGAAGGAGACUCGUCAGGAGUGGGCCAAUCGGGCGGUGGAGCUCCUUUACAGCAUCUUCUGCCUCGACACUCAGCAGAUCACCCUCAGCCUGCUCGGCACCAUACUGCCCAACCUGCUCACCGACUCUGCCCACUGGCACAGCCUCACAGACCCACCUGGCAAGGCACUGGCCAAGUUGUCUGUAUGGUGCGCUCUCAGCUCUUACUCCACUCACCACAAAGGCCAGGCCUCAGCUCGCCAACGCAGGAGGCAGCGAGAGGAUAUCGAGGACUACAGCAGCCUUUUCCCGUUGGAUGACACUCAACCGUCCAAACUCAUGCGUCUGCUCAGCUCUAACGAGGACGAGCCUGUUGCCCUGUCUAGUCCAGGGGACAGAUCUAUGAGCAGCUCCCUCUCGGCCUCCCAGCUCCACACUGUCAACAUGCGGGACCCUCUCAACCGAGUCCUGGCCAACCUGUUCCUCCUUAUCUCAUCAAUCCUGGGCUCCAAGAUGGCAGGCCCUCACACCCAGUUUGUGCACAGUUUCAUGGAGGAGUGUGUUGAGUGCCUGGAACAGGGAAGCCGUGGAAGCAUCCUGCAGUUCAUGCCCUUCACAAUGGUGUCGGAGCUUGUGAAGCUGCCUGCCCUAGCCAAACCUAAAGUGAUCCUGGCCAUCACUGACCUGAAUCUGCCGCUCGGGAGGAGGGUGGCUGCCAAAGCCAUCUCUGCCUUAUAGACAGAAGCUAAGCCCAGCUGAGCUCAGUCGAAUGUCCCCCCCAGUCGUCUGCUGGCUCACCGUCUCUGUGGCCGAGGUGCAGUGUAGGGAAAAAACACCCCUUUCCAUUCUGUCAACUGUGGACAUUUCACCACCUGAGUUGAGUAACUCUGUGCCUGGUUGGGACACCCAUUUAAAGGCAUUCUCUCUCUUACUUUAAAAAAAAAAAAAGUCCCAAAAAAACACAUUGUAUUACUAUGUCCUUUUUCAAUAUUCCUUUGUAGCAGCAAAAUUGUACUUUUUUAAGAUAAUAAACUCAUUUUGAGGAUCAUG